AUGGCGAUCAGCAGUUAUUGUAAACUUAAUGAGAAGUGCGUCGAACUAUAUAAGUGCCCUCACUUGUAUAAUGAGAAAACAGACUGGAAAGCAAUCGAACACAGACAGUGCGGAUUCUACGGACACAAAAAAUAUAUCUGCUGCCCGGAACCAGGUUACGUCCUGCCAAAUGAGAAGAUCUGUGGAAAAUGGGAGAAGUGCGUCGAACUAUAUAAGUGCCCUCACUUGUAUAAUGAGAAAACAGACUGGAAAGCAAUCGAACACAGACAGUGCGGAUUCUAUGGACACGAAAAAUAUAUUUGCUGCCCGGAACCAGGUUACAUCCUGCCAAAUGAGAAGAUCUGUGGAAAAUGGGAGAAGUGCGUCGAACUAUAUAAGUGCCCUCACUUGUAUAAUGAGAAAACAGACUGGAAAGCAAUCGAACACAGACAGUGCGGAUUCUAUGGACACGAAAAAUAUAUUUGCUGCCCGGAACCAGGUUACAUCCUGCCAAAUGAGAAGAUCUGUGGAAAAUGGGAGAAGUGCGUCGAACUAUAUAAGUGCCCUCACUUGUAUAAUGAGAAAACAGACUGGAAAGCAAUCGAACACAGACAGUGCGGAUUCUAUGGACACGAAAAAUAUAUUUGCUGCCCGGAACCAGGUUACAUCCUGCCAAAUGAGAAGAUCUGUGGAAAAUGGGAGAAGUGCGUCGAACUAUAUAAGUGCCCUCACUUGUAUAAUGAGAAAACAGACUGGAAAGCAAUUGAACACAGAAAGUGCGGAUUCUAUGGACACCACAAAUAUAUCUGCUGCCCGGAACCAGGUGACGUCCUGCCAAAUCAGACGAUCUGUGGAAAUUGGCGUUCAACUAAUCGAAUUAAAGGUGGCAAAGAGGCUCAGCCGAACGAGUUCCCCUGGAUGGCCCUGAUUCUAUACCGGAAUAGAAGAACAUUAAAACCGGAACCGGAAACCGUUUGCGCGGGGUCCCUGAUCAACAACCGCUACGUCCUGACCGCAGCACACUGUGUGAACAGGAUGUAUUUGCCAUUGAACAACAAGGUCUGGGCUGUUCGCCUGGGCGAGCAUAAGCGAUUCUUUAAUCCUGGAGAGCAUAUAAUCGAGCAUAUAAUCGAGCAUAUAAUCGAGCAUAUAAUCGAACAUGAAGAUUUUGACAGCACUCGACCUUGGGAGAACGACAUCGCCCUCCUGAGACUCCAACUGCCAGUGCGCUACACCAAAGCAAUAUCUCCCAUUUGUGUAAUCGGUGGGCAUAUCUCAUCAAAACCCUACAUAAGCACCACAUUGGAAAUAGCUGGUUGGGGCCGAACUGAAAGGAAUAUACCCACUGCAGUCUUGAUGAAGUCCAGCAUAAUGGAAGUGGAUGAGAAAUUCUGCUCUCGGCACUAUGUAUUCUCGCAGGAAUCACAAAUAUGUGCCGCUGGUGAGGGUGUCAGAGACACCUGUAAGGGCGACUCCGGCGGUCCGCUGAUGGGCAUCAUGGGAAAAAGCUACGAAGAAUUCGUGUAUUUAUAUGGCAUUACCUCAUAUGGAAAGAAUGGCUUGGCAGGUGUUUACACCAGAACGAAAUUCUUUUACUCUUGGAUUAACAAACAUUUGGAACCUUAAAACCUGGCUGAUUAUUUCAAACGCUUUUAUAUGUAUCAUCGCCUACUCCUGUUCCUCCGAUUCCCCAUUCUCCCGUACUACUAAUUCUUAAACUUUUACCAAAACAAAAGUAGACGAAAGCGAUUUUAAUAACUUUACCUAAGAGAAUUCCUGCUGCUAGAGUGGAUAAAUUUUCAUUAACUCUAAAGUGGCUCUGAAAGACUGAUACAACAUUGUAUUAAGUAUAAUUAAUUAUUGCUUGAUUUCUUGAGAAAUGUAGUCGAAUUUCAUUAACUCGUUGCUCUCUAUCUUAAUGUAUUUACAAGCCGAAGUUUUUGAGGCCAGAUUUUGGUUCCAGUUUUCUAAAUUCCACUAUUAUCUUACUGGGAACAAUACUAACAAAAGCGAAUAAAUCAACCGAUUAAACCUCAUAGAGUUAGAAGUGAUGAUCUAAUAAUCGAAAAAAGCUGCACUUGUGCACUUCUCUUCCAAUUGAACAUUCGAAAAGUAUUCGAGUAUCUAUAUAUAA